UGUAAUUAUUUCUAAUGAGAAGUCUGGUUUGCCUGUCAUUCACUCAUGUUAGCUGUAAUAAAUAAAUACUCAUAUACUGUUACUGUUAGUUAAGGGGUUCGGUUAGACCCGGUAGUUAGUUGCUUGACUUCUGUAUUGUAUAAAUACUCUGUAAUGAUGCUUUCUCAUCAAUGACGAUUCACUUUCUAAUUCUAUCUGAUUAGUUUCUAUUAUGGUAUCAGAGCUUUGCUCAUUCCAAUCUUCAUCCACGCAAUCAUGACCAACUCUACUGAAUCAUCAUCGCAUUCUUCAUCCUCGCAAUCUUCCUCAUUGCAAUCUUUUCCAGUUAUCUUCAAUCAUCCUCUACCAAUCAAGCUUGACUCGAAUAAUUUUCUACUCUGGAGGCAUCAUGUUCAAUCUGUAAUCAAGGCACAUAAACUUCUCAAAUUCAUUGGGAAACCUCAAAUUCCAGAUCGAUUUGUUGUUGGUGAUAAUGGAGAGAGAAUCGUUAACGAAGCUUACAACGUCUGGGAACAGCAAGAUCAGAUGCUCUUCCCCUGGCUCCUAGCGUCACUUUCAGAUUCCCUUCAUGCUCGUGUUAUACAUUGUAAGCAGUCGCACCAAUUGUGGAAUGAAAUUCAGGAUUUCUUUCGAUCAAAUGUUAUUGCCAGAACUCGCCAAUUGAAAUCCGAGCUCUACAACACUGGAAAAGGUGAUCGAUCUAUUUCCGAUUAUCUUCUUCGAAUCCAAACCAUAAUUGAUAACCUAAUUCUUGUCGGUGAGUCUGUUACUACCAAGGAUCACAUCGACGUAAUCCUUGAAGGACUUCCAGAAGAGUACGAGUCCUUUGUUUCUUCUGUAUCUUCUCGAAGCAUCUUGGAUCCAAUUUCUGUAUCAGAUCUUGAAGCUCUUUUGCUGGCAAAAGAAUUGCGUCUGAAGAAACUGCGUGACUCAUCUCAACAAGCAUUGUUUUCUGCUAAUGUUGCUAGACUUGAGCAAUCUGCUCAAAACAAUGGUAAUGAAACUCAUAAUUCUUCAGAAAAUGCUUCUGUUCAAGUAUCUCAGUUUGAUGACUCAGGAGGUUCAUCCUCUUACAGAGGAAGAGGUAGAGGAAACUUCAUCGGAGGUAGAGGUGGUUGUUCUGGUGGCCGGAAUCCAAUCACCUGUCAGGUUUGUGGCAAAAAUGGUCAUCACGCACUAAUAUGCUAUAAUAGAUUCAAUCCAACCUACACUGCACAAAACCCUACACCUACAAAUCCUAUUCCUUCAAAUCCUAUUUCUUUCACCCAGUGGUACCUUUCUAUCUCUAAUCAACACCAGUACAAUCCUUAUUCAAAGCAAUAUCAUCAACCUCAACUUAACUAUAUGCCCAUACCUCACCAAUACACACCUCAUAACCACUCAAAUCCCUUCAAUAAUCCUGUUACAUCAAGAUACUCAAGCAAUCCUUCAGCUCCAUCAAACUUCAACUGGGUACCAUCAUCCUCAUCUACCCUAAAUCUCACUCCCAAUUCCAAUCUGAGCAAUGCUCCAACUGCAGCAUGGGCUUGUGCAAAUUCCUCUGUACUUGGACUAGCACCCAACUCUCAGAACUGGUUCCCAGACUCAGGAGCUACACAUCAUGUAACUUCAGAUCCACUCAACCUUCAGCAUAGUGAGCCAAUUGCCACUACUGACAAGCUUUUUAUGGGUAAUGGCCAAGGUCUGGAGAUUAAGUCUAUUGGUUUUUCAUCCUUCUCUUCCCCUUAUCAAUCUUCCCUCUCCCUGUCUCUUAAAAAUAUCUUGCAUGUCCCU